GCAAUUUCUGGAGAAGAUCGCACAGCUGGUGUUCGAGCUUACCUGCUGGCUCGGGCAGUACGUGUGUCUGAAAAUGCACUGGAACGUGCAGCUAACGCACUUGGACGACCUGGUCGACGAACACCACGACCUGAUGGACGAGAUAUCCUGUGCAAAAGUAUCGUACUCGUAUUGUAGUCAUGCAUUACAAAUCUUGUUCUCAAGGAAACUCAGCAUUACAAGUUUCAUUUUUCAUGCUGAAGAAAUUUGUAAUGCAUUUAUACGACUGCGAUACUUUUGCAUUUCAUACGAGAAGCGAAAGAGCAACAUGACCUAUUUCAGCUCCCUGUCCUUUGACGAAGUUUUGAACGAGGUUGGCGAGACCAACAUAGAAAUCAUUCUCCGCAACGAAGCGAUCCUGGAC